UCAUGCUAAAUUUAGAAAAUCGGAAUUUUCACAACACGUUUAUAGAAUCAUGACAAGAAAUGAGCUUCACUUAAAACUGAUAUCUACCAUUGCACUGGAAUAUUUGCACUCUAGCGUGCGAGAUGGGCUUGACAGAAGAAAGUUCUUGUUAAACUGCAGAAAAUAUCUGACAACGCCAAGGGAGCGUUCGAUUGAAGAUGUGGUGGAAGUGUUCGAUCUUCUAGAAUCCAAAGGACUAAUGUCUCCAGGGAACUACUCCAUACUGAGAGAAUUGGUUUGGGAUAUCAGUGUAGAUCUAGUGAGAAUAAUUGAGGAGACAGAGGCUGAGAUGGGUCGGAUUGAGGUUAACAGGGCCGCGCAGGCAGCCAUGCAUGACGAGUCGGAUGACUGUGGCUAGUACCCCUCAUGGACUUCUGCUGCAUUGUACACUAUAUAGUAAACAGUAAUAUGAAUAUUCAAAGUUUUAUAUAGCAAAAUUCAAAUUAUGGCAAAAAACCCAUCAAUGAUGUGUAUUUUUUUCUAUCAAUGCAUGCUUUCUUUAUUUGAUGUGACAACAAUCAACAAUAACGUCAAGACGAGAAACGAUGACGUCAUGGAACACGAGAAACGAUGACGUCCCAACAUUUACGACCGGGGAACUACACAACCAUUCCUAGUUUAUGAAAACAUUACAAAUGAGAAUGAAGACUCUUUGAGAGCAGACGUUGUUAUAAGAAAGCGCAUAUGAUGGUCACAGUAUUGAUACGAAAUCUCAGUGUAGACCAUGUGAUUUUGACUAUUAUCUAUAGAUGAAAAUGAUAUACUAAGAAUAUGGAGGAUGGGACUUGUCCUAACUUAUCUUUAUUAUGAUACAAUGUACAUGAUUUGAUAGAAAGGACAAUCACAGCGAUAUCAAGUGACUCCGAGAUUGUUAAUGGUCUUCCUCGUAGAGUUGACAUUCGUGACGUGAUGAUACAUCCAACCCCUGCUAUAACGAUUAGGUAGUUUUAAAAAAAGUACUUAUUUCACCAGUGCGAUUUCAAGAAUUGUUUGCCUCUCACAUUAUUCUGAUUUUAAGGUUAAAUAGCAAGGUAGGAUAAAGCCCCUCUGCCCUCAUUUUUUACACAAACAAAAUAGACUUGAAAUCGUGAAACGUAAUAAAAACUUGAUCAAUAUAGGAAUAUCCGGUACAUACACAUGUAAUGCAUGAAAAUUACUGAAGCCAUAGGAUUGUCAUGACUUUGAGCAAAUUUAAGGUCUUAGAAGAAAAUGGCUUUUAAAAAAAUGACGCAAAUAUUCAUUGCUUUGGAAAACAUGAAGCACAGGUUUGUUUCUGUACCGUGUUUAUACCAAAGUUGUUACUCGAUUCUGCAAACUAUGUAAGUUCGAGAUGAAGGCGAGUUUUCUGAAGCAACAUAUAGCUUCAAACUUGUAAAUUUUUGGCAAAAAUGUUUGGAAAUUCGCAAUUUUCACUAUUUCUAUGACACCCCCUGUGAAAUAUGUCAAAUGUUGAAACUGAUUCUCAUUUUGAGUUGGACAUAUGUUGUACAGUUUUGUCCAUGCAAAGUUCUAAAAAUAGAGUCAUACAAUGCUCUUGUCCGACCUAUUUCCUUUCUAGUCGCAAUAAAUCUGUACAGCUUAAA